UCAAUUAUUUUAGUUUAUUGUUCUCUCAUCAACAUGUGGAGGUUUGUGGUGCCUAUUACAUUAUUCGCAGUCUUCGUUACUGGACAAGGCACCCCCAGAUCAGGGGAUGAAUUGGUUUCGACAGUUUUGGAUAACUGCAUCGAAAUUGACUGUGUCAAACAAAAUGUUCUAGGAUAUUUGGAUAAUAUGCUUCACAUUCAAAGUGAUGUUAGGAAUACUAAGAAUAUUGAUGCUGCUAUCUACAAGAGAGUAACCAGAGUGCUCAACACCCACGAAUUUAAGUUCAAGGUUCCAGAAGCACUCAUGGAACAAACAGAAGUCGUUUAUAAUCCAAAAAGCGGUUUGGAUGUCGUAUCCAACGAAUCAGAGAGUGAAUCAAGAGGUAUUGGUUUAAAGAAGAAACUGUUGUUCCCUAUUUUGUUGCUGUUGAAAUUGAAAAUGAAACUUCUUCAACCUCUGUUCAUCAAACUCAGUCUUAUUAAGGCCACUAAAGCUUUGAUUAUGAGCAAACUGGCUCUUCUUAUCGUUAUUGGCUUCGUCGUUUACCAGUUCAUCGGAAAAUCAGGUAUGCCCAUGCCAAUGAUGUCCAUGGCACCAGCAGAACCUCCAGCACCAUUAUACGGAGCUCCAGCAGCAUCUCCACCUCCUCCACCAAGCUCAUACGAACCUGGUUGGGAACCAAACACCGGUGGUCCUUACCAGAGAGUAUGGUCAGUCGCCAAUGACCCACAGAGUCUGGCUUAUUCUGCCUACUAUCCAGGAACUUCUGCCAACUCUGGAAGUUCUUCCACAUCUCACCCUUGAGAAAAAUGAUUGUAGUUGAUUGUUAUUUAUUUUGACUUAUUUAAUAAAUUAUUGUUUAGAUCGAAA